AUGGAAGGCGAGAAGAUGUGUCAUCCUUCUGAUUCUCCGGCUUGGAAACGGUUCAGUGAGUUGCAUACAGAUUUUGCAGACAAAACGAGAAAUAUCAGGCUAGGCUUAUGUACUGACGGGUUUCAACCAUUUGGUAGUUUUGGGUCACAAUAUUCUUCCUGGCCAGUUAUUGUGACGCCGUAUAAUCUGCCUCCUGACAUGUGCAUGAAGGACGAGUUUAUGUUUCUGACAAAACUUGUCCCAGGACCCGGAAAUCCAAAAAACCAUUUGGAUAUUUUCCUGCAGCUAUUAAUAGCGAAGUUGAAUCAGUUGUGGGAAUCUGGAAUCCGGACCACAUCAGGAAGAUUGGCAUGUCCGCAUUAUAUGGAAAAUACUGAGGCAUUCACGUUGCCCGGGAGUGGUAAACAAUCCUGGUUUGAUUGCCACAGAAAGGUUUUACCUACAGGUCACCAUUUCCGUCGAAACGUUACCGAAUUCCGAAAAGGCAAACAAGUAAGGCAAAAAUUUAGAGGUGUAAGGACUGGAGAUGAAGUGUUAGCAGAGGUGGACGGUCUGGGGUUUAAGAGGGCCUAUGAGAAUGAUGCUAAGGCUACGAAUGAUGAACUAUCUAAAGGCCGUGGUUGGAACCGAAAGAGUAUAUUUUGGGAUUUACCGUAUUGGAGGACAAAUGUGAUCCGGCAUAAUCUCGAUGUCAUGCAUAUUGAGAAAAAUGUAUUUGACAACGUUUUCAAUACUGUGCUCAAUGUACCUGGCAAGACGAAAGAUACAGCAAAAUCUCGGGCAGAGUUGAAUAAAAUUUGUGAUCGUCCUAGCCUGGCACAAGAUGAGGAAAUCGGUAGAUAUCCAAAGGCUUUGUAUGCUUUGGACAGAGAUUUAAAAAAGAUUUUGUUAGAAUGGAUUCAAAAGUUAAAGUUUCCGGAUGGUUACGUGUCCAACUUGUCUAGGUGCGUUGAUUUAAACAGUUUAAAGAUGAUGGGCAUGAAAAGUCGUGAUUGUCAUGUCUUCAUGCAACGAAUUUCGCCAAUUGCUCUUCGGGAGCUUCUUCCGGCAGAAGUGUGGGAACCUUUAACAGAGUUGAGUAUAUUCUUCAGAGAGUUAACUACCAUAUCGCUGAAAAAGGCAGAUCUUGAGAGAUUAGAGCUUGAUAUCCCAAAGAUACUGUGCAAGUUGGAACGUAUAUUUCCACCGAGUUUUUUCGAUUCGAUGGAACAUCUCCUCGUACACCUUCCGUACGAAGCUAUGAUGGCAGGACCUGUUCAGUAUCGUUGGAUGUAUCCGUUUGAAAGAGUGGAAGGAAGCAUUAGCAGCGGAUAUCUAUUAGAGGAAACAACAAAAUUUGCAUCUUUCUAUUUCAAGGAUGGUGAUCCGAUGAUACCAUGUCGGAUGCAGAGAAAUGAAGUUUGCGAAAUGGACGUUGAUGAUGAUUUCGACAGAUUAUCUAUUUUCAAACCGAAAGGGCGACCUGUAGGUGCUUGUUGGAACAGAUAUCUGGAUGAUGUUGAAUACGUUGCUGCCCGAAGCUAUAUCCUUCUGAAUUUUCCUGAAAUCGAACCUUACAGAGAGCGAGUUGUGAAAGACCCAACUGUCUGUACCAAUCCCUAUAUUCUAAGUCUUGCAAAAGGACCGCUUAGAACAGUCAAAACAUUCAAGGGGUACUGUGUGAAUGGGUUUAAAUUCAAUACUGGAGAAUAUGAGGAGGAUCGGGUUACAAUGAAUAGCAGAGUCUGUGUAAAAGGAUCACUCUACGGCCCGGCUGAAAGCGACUUUUAUGGAGUGUUGACUGACAUUAUCGAGUUAGAGUAUCCAACUCUACCAAUAAAAAGGACAGUUUUAUUUAAUUGUAAUUGGUUUGAUCCUACGAAAAAGGUUGCUAUGUUAGUCCAUCCUCGGUAUAACAUAGUGGAUGUUAAUCAUAGAAAGAGGUACAACAAAUACGAACCUUUCAUUUUAGCUGAACAGUCCGAUCAAGUACAUUACUUACCUUAUCCUAGCAAAAAGCGGGACAAGAAAGAUUUGUGGGCAGUAUGCAUGAUAAAAGCUCGCUUUGAGCUAGACAUGCAUGAAACAACUGUUCCAGCUUUCCAAGAUGAUAGUGCAGAACAUCCGCUCGAUGGCAUAACGAAUGACGAACCGACAAAUUUAGUUGAUCCGAAUGGCGAGGCGGACGAAGCCGCAUUACACAACCCUCCAGUAGUAGAGACGGAAGAUGAUUAUCCACCAUCCUCAUCAGACGAUGAUGACAUUGGAGCGGAAGAUGAUAUAGAAAUUGCAUGA